GUCAUUAAAAGCAGGCGACCUCGCGGGACGCCGUACUUUCAUUAAUUAAACAGCCAAAAGACACAAACCCCGUCGUCGGCCGCAGAGAAGGGGAAGAAAGUUCCACAACGUCCACGCAGACGCGCCGAAUGCCCGGACAGGACAGCCUGUCCCUGCGGGCCGAGCUUGAGGGCCACUCCGCUCCGCGCCAACCUCCGAGCCAGGCCGGGCCGCCCGCCGCCUCCCACCCAGACCACCGCGACACCAUGGCGGCGCUGUACAUGCGACACCUGGAGGAAGAUCGGGAGAAAGAGGCCAUCAGGGCGCACGUGACCCUGGACGAGGAUGAAGAGACGGUGGCGCCCGUGAUCCGCAGGAAGGUCUCGUUCGCGGACGCGUUCGGCCUCGAUUUGGUCUCCGUGAAGGAGUUUGUGGACGCCGCGGAGGAGGCCAGCGACGAGGACGAGGCCAGCCCGGCCGAGGAGUUCUACCUGUCCUGUCUCUUCACCGCGCCCUCGUCCUCGGAGGAGCUGGAGCGCAACCUGGAAGCACGGAUGGUGGACUUGGAGAGCAUCGAGCUCCUCCCGGGUACCACCACCCUCCGAGGCACGGUGAGGGUGCGCAACCUCUGCUACAGCAAGGCCGUCUACGCCAGGAUCACCCUGGACAGCUGGCGGAGCUGCUUCGACCUGCUGGCCGACUACGUGCCAGGAUCCAGUGAUCGCAAAACAGAUAGGUUUACCUUCCAGUACACGGUGGUCCCCCCCUUGGAGAAAGAGGGCACCCGGGUGGAGUUUUGUCUGCGUUACGAGACGUCAGCGGGCACUUUUUGGGCCAAUAACAUGGAGAUGAACUACGUGGUGUUCUGCCACCAGAAGAGUCCUCGGAAGCAAGUGCAGAGGAGCUGCCUCAAAGCGAACAGGAGGGGAGGCACUCAGGAAAAACUGAGCGACGACACGGCCGUACCGAGUACAAAAGCCGAGGCCUCGCUUGAGGAGAAGAAUGCAGAGAGCGUGUCGUUAUUUCACCCCGCAGAGCACAAACCCCUGGUGGCGAGCAUAAAAAGCCGACACAGAGCCGUGCGUCUGGCGCAAGUCAAAGACAUACUCUCCCAUACCUGGGGGCAACGGGAUUGCACGGCGGCGUCUCAGAAACAAUCCCACGUCCUCACCUACCACCAAAUUCCUCUGAUCACGCUGGACUGGGACAACGAUAAUACUUUAAUGGACGAUAUCUUGAACGCAAGAGCCAAAGUGACCUUGUCGAAAGAAGAAAGUGUAAAAGCCGCAGGGCCAGGGAAUGAUAUUUGGGGGUCUUUUCUCAACGGGCAAGGUCCCGCUGCUGAUAACGACACCUCCGUGUGUGACGUAUGGCAGGCUUUUAUAAACGGGCCCCGCUGCCAGGGCGACUUGACUGUCCCCCAGUCGGAAUGGCUGCAGACCGCCACGCUGGUUCCUGCUGCGACUAAAAGCAAGGAGCACGUCCAGAAUGCCACCCGAGCUGCGAGUCAGGCGCAGUCACAUGCUCCGCGGGCCUCGCCGGAUCGCGUUUCCUCGAGAGGUGACAACAGAGUCGCCGCAGAGUUUACGCGGACACCGCCCGUGUCCGAGGGAUCUGUUGACACACCAGAAGAACGGGUAACAGAGAGAGAUGAAAGCCUGAAGGAGUUGACUGCAAUGACAGCGGGGACUCUGAUCUCACUGGGAGAAAGGCCGAUUCAGGGUUGGGGAGACGAAGGUCACGCGCCGGCAUUUUCUGAGACCGCCAGAGAAGAAGGGCGAGGAGUCGCCAUAAGCUGCGACAAAAUCCUCAAGCCUGAGAGCGAUGAAAGACCACUGGAUGUAAACAAAAGCCGUGGUGAAUGUGAUCCAAACCAAAGAACUGAGAACGAAGUAGAGAUGUCAUUCAGACAUCUUGUAGAGGAAGUUGGAGAGGGUGAGGAGAAAAAGGAGGAAAUUGUCACACCGGAUGUCAUCGUCUCAAAUGGAACCAGCUUGCAGGUAUUUUCAGACAAUCCGGAGACUCGUGUCGAGAGGCUUUCGGACAAUCCGGAGACUCGUGUCGAGAGGCUUUCGGACAAUCCGGAGACUCGUGUCGAGAGGCGACUUGAAAUAAAGACUUUAAGACAUUUCCCCACGGAUAGCCACAAAGGGAAGUCUGAGGAGGGUCAAAAAAGCCCAGAGCUCUGCAACCAACGGGACUUAAACCCAGCAAAACCCAAUGCAUCUUCAGCUUUGGAGGACCCUCCGGGAGUGAAGGAGCAGAAUUUGACGGCGUUCACCAAAACGCUUGAAGCGAUCGAGUCCAGAUCGGAUGGAGAUGGAGAGCCCGAGGGAGCUGAUGGUGCACUUGAAGAACCAGCAGACCUCCACCAUCAGACGGGAAGUAGCGGGCAUUCAGAUCCUGUCUCGCCCACUCCGGACGUCAACCACCCGUCCAAGAAGUCCAACGGGUUUUUGUGGUGGAGCAUGUUGUACAUCCUAAGUCACAUCACACAGUUCACCACCUGCUGCCUGCUGGUCGCCGGAUUCGUAGUCAUUGUUUCCUUCUAUGAUUUCCCAGCAUUCUUUGUGCUUUACAUGUUCUCACUAGUGUGGUGGUUUUAUAAGUGGAAAGGGCCUGAAGAGGCGACAAGGUUGCUAGAGAGGGAGAAAUAGUAGCUAAAGCAAGAUGUCUUCAUAGGGAGUAGGUGCAAUGACACAUUUUUAUAACUAUUUUUGUCUUUCCUACCUAUCAAGUAGUGCACUGUUUGGCUUUUCUUGAAUGAAAUAAAUGAUUGGUCACGAUA